AUGGAUGUGGAUGUGCAAACCCCAGAUGCCCCAGAAGCUCCGAUUUACGUGGACCAACAGGGUCGAUGGAAGCACCUCUACAACGUCCUAAGUAAACGUGGUCCUUUUACAGAUGACGACUGGAACCCUGGCCCCGAGCCCAUCAAUGCUCUGGAAUCUGCCAAAAUCCUUGGAGCUGGUGGACUAGGAUGCGAGAUCUUAAAGAAUCUCGCGCUGUCGGGAUUCAAAGAUAUUCAUGUCAUUGACAUGGACACCAUUGAUAUAUCAAAUCUCAACCGGCAGUUCUUGUUCCGCCAGGCUGAUAUCGGAAAGCCCAAGGCUGAAGUCGCCGCGGCUUUUGUGCAAAAGCGAGUUAAGGGAGUGAAGAUCACACCCUACGUCGGCAAGAUCCAGGAUAAAGAUGAAGACUACUACAUGCAGUUUAAUAUUGUCGUCUGUGGCUUGGACAGCAUCGAAGCUCGACGCUGGAUCAAUUCCACGUUGAUCUCGAUGGUCGAUGAAGACGACCCUUUGAGCCUGAAGCCACUUGUUGAUGGCGGAACUGAAGGUUUCAAGGGCCAAGCCCGUGUCAUUCUACCGUCUAUCUCAUCCUGCAUUGAGUGCCAGCUGGAUAUGCACGCACCUCGUCCAGCAGUUCCUCUCUGCACCAUUGCUACCAUCCCGCGCCAGCCUCAACAUUGCAUUGAAUGGGCGCACCAGAUCGCAUGGCAAGAGAAGCGCAAAGACGACACCUUUGACAGCGACGACAUGGAACACAUAUCGUGGAUAUACAAUGCCGCUUACGAACGUGCCCAGCAUUUCCAUAUCCAUGGCGUUACCUUCCAGAUGACCCAAGGUGUGGUGAAAAAUAUCAUUCCGGCUAUCGCAUCAACGAACGCCGUCAUUGCGGCCUCUACAACUUCAGAAGUGCUCAAGAUCGCCACUAGCUGCAAUCCAUUCCUAACCAACUAUAUGAUGUAUGCUGGUGAGGAAGGGGUGUAUACAUACACCUUCGAGGCGGAGAAGAAGCCCGACUGCCCCGUGUGCGGAGAACUUGCCCGAAAGCUGAACGUGGAUCCCAAUAUGACCCUGGGCGAGUUCAUCGAGAGCCUCGGGGAAAGAGCCGAAGCUCAAUUGAAGAAGCCUAGUAUGCGGACCGAAGAGAAGACACUCUACCAGCGCUUCCCGCCUCAGCUAGAGGAAAUGACACGACCUCACCUUGUAAAAAAGCUGGCAGAUUUGAUCGAGGAUGGCGAGGAGGUCGCUGUCAGCGACCCAGCCUACACUACCACAUUCCGCUUCCGUCUUCACUUCAAAUAA